AUGCUGAGUGAUUUUGUUUGGAAACCUAGCGGAACAUUUGGAAAUUUCUGCAGAAUGUCUUCAGAUGAUUUCACGUUCCUUCUUAAUAAGAUUGGCCCUCAUAUCUCAAAGAUUGAUACGAACAUGAGACAGUGCAUUCCAAUUCAAGAACGAUUUGCUAUUGCACUUAGAUUUCUAGCUACUGAAUCAACUGCCACAGCCGAGCGCGCGUCGCGUCUACACCGACCCAACGCUCCCAGGAGUAGGAAAUCGACGCCUGAAACAUUGUCGGCGGUGCGCUGCGCGCUCAACCAGCUCCAGGGAGAGCCUGCUCCACCAGCGCCGGUGGCAGCACCGAAUUGCCACAUGCCCGAGCCAGGCUGA